GUUGAGAUAGACCCUCGUGGCACCAACUCGUGGCGUCAACCAAUGCUGCACCCAAUUGCAAAGACGACAUUGGACUGGCAGCAGUGUGUUCGUAACUCAAGUCUGUCCUUGCCUGAGGUGCGAGUUGCCAUACCAGAUAUGUCAGCUGACGCUUUGCUGCAUCCACGUGCUGCUGUCGCAAAGGAGACUCCUUGUGCAGCAGGCAUCAUGUCUGUUUCUGCUGCUGUUGUUGUUGUUGUUGUUGUUGUUGACAUGGUGGGGUGCCUCACUUGCAGCCAUCGCCAGCCCAAUUGCGUUCACACCCGUGCCUCUCGGCAUAUCAGAACUGCGGGGCAAGACGCAUGAGAUGACGGCUGUCGACGUAGUUCUUGUUUAUCGAUG